UGUCAAACAAACUGACGAAAAUCGUGAUGUUCAAAAGGAAAUACGAAAGAAAUUGGUGAAACUUCUCGAUAGAAUAUUGAAUUUUAUAUAAAUUAAACGUGUUGAAUUGACAAAACAUUAUUUACGUUUGUGACCGCUCGCUCAAACUGGGGAUGUGAUACACAAGUGCGUUAAUGUUCGGGCCUAAGGCUAACACAAUACAUCGUCGUGACUGGAUUCAAUGAACAGUGCCUUUUUCUAAGAAACGAAGAUGCAGCUUCUAACGAUAUUAAUAACAUUGCUCUUUACAUACUCUCAAGCUAAGCAUAAUAUGGAAACAGAUCUAAAUGGACUAGCCGAAAAAACGUAUGGCGUAAAGAUAAACAAAUGUUGCGAAGAGGAACAAAUAAUGGUCGAUAUAUCAUGCAGGUUAGCUGAAACAGUCAACCAAAGUCUUUGGGAACCUAAUUUUAUGACUGAAGAUGGUAAAAAAACUACCGUAGAAAAUUACCAAUUUGUGGUUGGAUUACCUGAUUGUGAAAACACGCAAAUGAGAGCAAUUUACUACAUACCAAAUUCCGAGGAUGAGUUAAACAUCCUAUCCGAUGGCCGGUUACACCACAUAAUUCACCACACUCAUAGUAUAGACACAAUAAAAGAAGAUCCACUGCUCAGCAACACUUUUGGUAUAAAUGAACCAAUCACUAUACCAGAGGUGAAGGAACCAACAUCAUACAUUCACGAACAGAAGAAGUAUUGUAUGGACAAGAUAUUCAUGACGAAAACAAACGUAACUGGAGAGUAUGCACUAGUGUGUGUACCCGAUGUAAAAAACUGGAGAGAUGUGAAUUUUAUUAUGACGAAAAUCUUAAACCCUCUGUUUCAUGGUAUUUCUAUAAUUUUAUUCCUCAUCGUGGCAAUCAUAUACUUUGUGCUACCGACACUCAGGGAUCUUGCGGGAAACAUCAUCACUACUAUCAAUGUAUGUUUAAUUGUUAGUCAAGCGGCUGACUUUGUGAGGAUAUUUACCGAAUACAGCAAUCAUGUCAGCUUUAUGGUGACUGAUAUAAUUUUGUAUAUCAGUUUGCUGGGUGCUUUCUUCUGGCUGAACAGUUUUGGGUUUUACAUUUGGAAAACAUUCAAAUCAAGAAAUGUUUUUCUAAGAGUGACUGAUGUGAGGAAAUACUGUUAUUAUUCAAGCGUUGUUUGGUCUAGCGUAGUAAUAAUGGCAGCGAUGGCAAUCUGCGCACAUUUCCUGUUGGACACCGGAACAAACCCUAACAGAAAAAUGAGGACACAAUUUUCAUCGUCCAUUAUUGUGAAUGAUGUUGAACAGGAAACUAUAGGUUGGCUUGGGAUUGCAAUAUUUUUCACGCCUGUUGCCUUCACGAUUAUAUUCAAUAUUUUCUUUUAUAUAACCACACUGAAGGUUAUAAAAAGGAUAAAUAUUUAUGGGCGAAUACACCAUAAGCUCAAAGGAUGUUUCGACUUGUUCCUUCAACUGUUUCUCAUCAUGACAACGACUUGGCUGUUCCUCCUGCUCUCUUGGCUUAACUUCGAUGGACUGGUAUAUGCUUAUAUUAUUGUGAAUCUUUUGCAAGCCAUACUUGUGUUCUACGUGUGCAUAGUACGCCAGUCACACGUAACGUUCUUGUUACGGAAAAGCUGCUGCUAUGCGGAGCCAAUACCAACUAAUGACUGGGGAGAUGAAAUGACCAGAAUGAAUGGUUUUAAUUAUAAUUAGGGAAUCUCGCCACAGAUGCUGUAGCAAUUCGUUCUGGUCUUUAAAAGCAUAAUUUUAAAAGAAUUAAAAUAAUACUCUGAUUGAAAUCCCAUCGGCUAUGUCGAAAUGAAUUUAAACAUAGAAUUUAUUCAGCUUUUAUGCAUUCUAAAGGUAAGAAUUAACAAUGGGACUGAAUCUCUUGCUACCUACACCAUGACAUUCCGGUUCUGAAUCACUGACAGUAGAGUAAUUAAUCACAAAGUAUUGAGCACAUUAUAUUUAAGAUAAUUGGUAGAAUUACUGUGAUUUUACCUAGAAUUAAUAACUGAGAAGUAAACUGUAUCCUAAAAGUGUCUUCAAAAAAGAGAAUUAUUUAUAUUGGUGUUAAAAAUUGACAAUUUCCAUUUUUAAUGGAUUAUGGAGUAUUUGAAAAACAUAGUUAAUAAGUAUAAAAGAAACUCGAGUGCUCAUAAGGAUACUUAAUUUUUAUCGGAUUUAAAUAUUUUAAUUGGUUUAAACUAAGUGAAUGUGAAAGGAUAGAUGUUUUUUGUGAAUGGCGCAUUUUGCAAACAAAUCUAGAAUAUCUGAUAGGCAAAUAAAGACUAAAGAAAUAGUAAGUAAGUAGAAAGUUUAUGAAUUUAAAUAAUUUAACGCAGUGAACGAAUCUUAAACGCAGCUUUAGCACGUAAGUUAGCCAUACGCACCGCCACAAAUAUUAAUGUAUUUAAUGGUAUUUUAUUACUAAAGUGCGGUCGCCGAGCACGUAGAAUUUCGUCCAAUAACCUCAAGCUACCCAUCCUUAUCACUCGCGAGUAAUCAUAUUGCUGUCGCGAAUGAGCUACGGGCGGCCGCAGUGAGUAUGCGAGCUCGACAGCAAUAUAAUUACUAUUAAUUACGCGCGAGCAAUAAGAAUGGGUAGCUUGAGGUCAUUGGACGAAAUUCUACGUGCUCGGUGACCGGACUUUACUAGAAAUAUUUAGUACGUAUAUACAUAUACAUAUGUUGUAAUAUGUAACGAGCCUAAAUAUCCGUCCGUUUUGUAUUCACAGCAGCUAAGUAGGGUUAGUGAUUUAAGAUUUUUAACUUAACAAAUCAAGGAGCAUUUAAAUUUUUUAUUACUUAUUUCAUUGACUACACAAUUUGAUUUAUUUUAUAAUAUUUACUAAUAUGUAUACCAUGACAUAAUUAUGAGAAUCUUUUAUGUGAAUGACGCAUUUAAUUUUGUAUUUUUAUUAUUUAA